CUCCCCGUGUGAAGCUGUAUGGAGGUCAUUGGGUUAUGAGAUCCAAUAUAGAAGCAUUCCAGUGGAGAGAUUAAGCUUCCAUCUACCAAAUCAGCAAAACGUUUAUUUCAAUGAUUCCGAUCCAAUAGAUGAAGUUCUUCAACGAGAGACAGUGAAAGAAAGUAUGUUUCUUGCAUGGUUUAGAGCAAACCAAGUUUACCCUGAAGCAAGAGAGUUAACCUACGUAGAAAUGCCAAUGAAAUUUGUGUGGAAACAAUCUACAAGGGAAUGGGUGCCUAGGAAGAAAGGGUUUGCAAUCGGAAGGAUGUUUUAUGUGCCUCCUGGAUGCGGUGACUUAUUUUACCUUAGGUGUCUUCUUAAUGUUGUGCGGGGUCCAAUGUGUUUCAAAGACAUCCUGAAGAUAGAUGGUGUACAAUAUUAUUCUUAUCGUGAUGCCUGGUAUGCACUUGGAUUACUAAAGGAUGAUAAAGAGUACAUUGAUGCAAUCGUUGAGGCAAGUUAUUGGGCAACUCCACGCUCUUUACGUAGAUUGUUUGUUGCGCUUUUGGUAGCUGAUUGUUUGACUAGGCCAGAAGAAGUUUGGAAUAAGUGUUGGACUUAUUUGUCUGAUGACAUCCUUUAUAACCAACGCUUGAUGCUCAAUCAUCCAGGACUAAUUUUGAGUGAGGAUGAAAUAAAAAAUUACACUUUGUGGGAACUUCAAAACAUGUUGCGAAGUCGUGGGAGGAGUUUAGAUGAAUAUGAUUCGAUGCCGAUGCCAGAUGCUCAAUUCUUACCCAACAAUAGAAAUCGAUUGUUGUUUGAUGAACUAAAUUAUGAUCGACAUUUGUUGGUUGAGGAACACAAGAAAUUACUCAAAAGUCUUACUGCUGAACAGAGCAUUGUUUAUAACAUCAUAGUGGAGGCAAUUAAUUCAGACAAAGGUGGUGUAUUCUUUGUUUAUGGACACGGAGGAACGGGGAAAACCUUCGUAUGGAAAACUCUUUCAGCAGCUUUACGAUCUAAAGGCGAGAUUGUCUUAAACGUAGCAUCCAGUGGUAUCGCAUCACUUCUUUUACCUGGUGGACGAACGGCACAUUCUCGAUUCAAAAUACCAAUCAAUCCAACUGAAGAUUCCACGUGCAAUAUCAGGCAAGGAAGUGCUUUAGCUGAGCUUAUAAUUAAAAGUAAGCUUAUAAUUUGGGAUGAAGCUCCAAUGGUUCACAAACAUUGCUUUGAGGCUUUAGAUCGCACCCUUCGUGAUAUAAUGCGCUUCACAAACCCAAUGAGUUUAGAUAUACCAUUUGGUGGAAAGACAGUAGUGUUUGGGGGAGAUUUCAGGCAAAUUCUUCCUGUUAUACCAAAAGCAACCAGACAAGAUAUAGUAAAUGCGACCAUAAAUUCUUCCUAUUUGUGGGAAUUUGUCAAGGUCUUGAGGUUGACUCAAAAUAUGAGGCUCCUUCAUCGAGAACUUCGUGAAGCACCCGAGGAUUUAAUCUCUUUUAUUAAGUGGAUCACUGAUGUUGGUGAUGGUAUUAUUGGGGGUAUAAAUGAUGGUUGUGCAGAGAUAGAAAUUCCUGAGGAUCUAUUGGUGAAAGGGUAUGAUGAUCCAAUUGCAUCAAUUGUGGAAAGCACUUAUCCUGAAUAUGCAAGCAUGGGUGCCGAUCCCAGUUAUUUAGAAAAAAGAGCGAUUUUAGCACCGACACUUGAUGUUGUUGAUAAUGUCAACGAAUAUAUGCUUAGAUUGAAUGGUGCUGAGUUGAGAACGUAUCUUAGUUCAGAUAAUGCAUGUCCAUCUGAUGCAAAUCUUGAUUUUUUGGCUGACAUUCAUACUCCUGAAUUUUUGAAUGGAAUAAAGGCAUCCGGUGUUCCAAAUCAUAAAUUACUUCUCAAAGUUGGGACACCAGUUAUGUUGAUGAGAAACAUUGACCACUCAAUGGGUUUAUG